UGUCCUAUAUAAUGAACCUUUUUGCAUUAGUUUUCCCCACAUUCUCAUUCUUCACUUGCAGUGUAGGAUAGAACAAUGGUUCAUUCGGUCUCGCCGACACGUUACAAGGUUGCAUAUCCACCAAGAAGGAAGCUUGCAACAGAGUUUGCUGAUAAAUUGAAAGAAACAUUCUUUAGUGAUGAUCCUCUUCGUCCUUACAAGGAUCAAACAAGAGCGAGAAAAGUCGGGAUUGUUUUUCAGUACUUAUUUCCGAUUCUUGAGUGGUCGAAAGGCUAUAAUCUUUCUAAGUUCAAGGGCGAUCUUAUUGCCGGAUUAACCAUUGCUAGUCUAUGCAUUCCUCAAGAUAUUGGCUAUGCAAAGCUUGCAAAUUUAGAUCCCAAAUAUGGAUUAUACUCUAGUUUUGUUCCACCACUUAUUUACGCGGUAAUGGGGAGUUCGAGAGAUAUUGCUAUCGGUCCAGUUGCUGUUGUGUCUUUACUUCUAGGUACUCUACUGAAAGAUGAGAUUGAUCCAGUGAAAGAUAAUGAGGCAUAUGUGCGUCUCGCAUUCACAGCGACAUUUUUCACCGGCAUUACUCAAGCUGCACUUGGGUUUUUCAGAUUGGGUUUCUUGAUUGAUUUUUUGUCACAUGCUGCAAUUGUUGGAUUCAUGGCUGGUGCAGCCAUUACUAUUGCCCUUCAACAGCUCAAAGGAUUUCUUGGGAUUAAGAAUUUCACUCAGAAAACUGACAUUAUAUCUGUAAUGCAGUCUGUUUGGGGUUCAGUUCAUCAUGGAUGGAAUUGGCAAACUGUGCUAAUUGGAGCAUCCUUUUUGGCAUUCCUUCUUUUAUCUAAGUACAUUGGGAAGAAGAAAAGGAGCUUGUUUUGGAUUCCGGCAAUUGCUCCAUUGAUCUCUGUCAUUGUGGCAACUUUUUUCGUCUACAUUACUCGUGCUGAUGAAAAUGGUGUUCAGAUUGUAAAACACAUACAAAGAGGCAUCAACCCUUCCUCUGUUCACAAGAUAUAUUUCGACGGUCGAAUGAUGUUAAAAGGAUUCAAAAUUGGAGUCAUUGCUGGCUUGAUCGGCUUGACGGAAGCCAUAGCAAUUGGAAGAACAUUUGCAGGCAUGAAAGACUAUCAAUUGGAUGGAAACAAAGAAAUGGUUGCACUAGGCACAAUGAAUGUUAUUGGAUCAAUGACUUCUUGCUAUGUUACAACAGGCUCAUUUUCUCGAUCCGCUGUAAAUUACAUGGCCGGUUGCCACACAACAGUCUCGAACAUUGUAAUGUCAUUGAUAGUACUCCUAACAUUGGAAGUCAUAACACCUCUCUUCAAAUACACCCCAAAUGCAAUCCUUUCAUCGAUCAUUAUUUCUGCGGUGAUUGGCCUAAUUGACUAUGAAGCAGCAAUACUCAUAUGGAAGAUUGAUAAAUUCGAUUUCCUCGCUUGCAUGGGAGCAUUCUUUGGUGUGAUUUUCAAAUCUGUUGAGAUUGGCCUCUUGAUUGCAAUAGCUAUUUCAUUUGCGAAAAUUUUACUACAAGUUACGAGGCCGAGAACAGCAUUGCUAGGUAAUCUUCCCCAAACUACAAUUUACCGAAACAUUGAUCAGUAUCCAGAGGCAACAAGAGUUUCAGGAGUGCUUAUUGUGAGAGUUGAUUCAGCUAUCUAUUUUUCCAACUCCAACUACAUUAAAGAAAGGAUACUAAGAUGGUUGAGAGAUGAAGAAGAGCUAUUAAAGUCAAAUAAUCAGCAAAGAAUUGAGCACUUGAUUGUCGAAAUGUCACCUAUGAUUGACAUCGAUACGAGUGGAAUUCAUGCAUUGGAAGACUUGUUCAAAAGCCUCCAAAAACGGAACAUUCAGUUAAUUCUGGCGAACCCGGGAACGGUGGUGAUCGAAAAACUCGAGUCAUCGAAGUUAACCAAUUUAAUAGGGCAAGACAACAUUUUUCUUACUGUUAGUGAGGCUGUGAUGAGUGUUGCUCCAAAGGCAAUGGAAGAAGUCUGAUGGAGUGAAGAAGCAAAGUUGAACACUUUUUUUAGUGAAAGGAAGUACAAGACAAGGUUCAAAUGAGUUCUUGUGUUAUCUGCAAAUAAAGAGAGCAAGAAUUUGAAUAGAAGAUUACUGAUUUCAUGAUCUUGCUAAAGGAUGUGUUAUCUUUUGUUAUAAAAAUUAAUGAAACUUUUAUAAAAUUUCAAUCAAAUUUUUUUUCCACCAA